ACAGUGUCCACGCCUUCUGGUGCAGUCACUGAAAGUAGGGGGGAUAACUUCAGUGUUCUAAUACACUGCGCGGGCAACGAGCAGAUAAAAUGGGAGUGCGUGAGCAGGUGAAGAGCAUUUUAUUAUACCUCUGCGUCUGUAGUCAUGUUUGUACUGAAGAGUGGGAACUCACGCUGCUUCAUACCAACGAUGUCCACGCACGGGUUGAGGAGACGAGCAAGGACUCCGGCAAAUGCACCAAGCCUCCGUGUUUUGCCGGGGUGGCACGGAGAUUUACGAAAAUAAAGGAGAUCCGGAACCGAGAGAAAAAUGUGAUGCUGCUGGACGCAGGCGAUCAAUUUCAAGGAACCGUUUGGUUUAAUGUCUAUAAGGGAGCAGAGGCUGCACAUUUUAUGAACAAACUUGGCUACGAUGCAAUGGCUCUGGGGAAUCAUGAGUUUGACAAUAAAGUGGAGGGACUUAUCAAGCCGUUUCUCCAGGAGGUGAAGUGCACAGUGCUCAGUGCUAACAUCAAAGCAGACGACACACUAGCACCUCGCAUCAGUGGCCUUUAUUUCCCUUAUAAGGUAUUUGAUGUGGACUCUAAGAAAGUGGGCGUGGUGGGAUACACAUCAAAGGAGACACCUGCUCUGUCACAAACAGGACCUAACUUAGUGUUUGAGGAUGAGAUUGAUGCUCUCCAGCUCCAGGUUGACAAACUAAUCACUUUGGGGGUCAACAAGAUUAUCGCCCUUGGUCACUCUGGCUUCGUUACAGACAAAGAAAUAGCCAGAAGGGUAAAGGGUGUGGAUGUGGUCAUCGGAGGACAUAGUAACACCUUUCUGUACACAGGAAAACAGCCUUCCUCUGAGGUCCCGGCAGGUCCCUACCCGGUCAUAGUAAGGUCAGAGGAUGGGCGUGACGUCCCUGUGGUGCAGGCCUUUGCCUUUGGGAAAUAUCUGGGUUACCUCAAGGUGACGUUUGACGAAGCUGGCAACGUGCUCCAGUCCACAGGCAACCCCAUCCUUCUGGACAGCUCUGUACCAGAGGACCCCAGUAUUAUGGCUGAAGUCAACGAGUGGAAAAAGGCCCUGGCAAAUUACUCCUCCCAGUAUGUGGGGGAGACCCUGGUGUAUCUCAAUGGAACGUUUGAAGAGUGCAGGUUCCGAGAGUGCAACCUGGGAAACCUAAUCUGUGACGCUAUGGUACACCACAACAUUAAAUAUGCAGACGAGCUUCAAUGGAACCAUGUUAGCUCCUGUAUCCUCCAAGGGGGAUCGAUACGGUCAUCCAUAGAUGAGCGGAGUCGAAACGGUUCCAUCACGAUGGAGGACCUCAUUGCUGUGUUGCCGUUUGGAGGCACCUAUGAUCUGGUUCAGCUGAAGGGAUCUACUCUGAGGAAGACUUUUGAGCACUCCGUCAGGAGAUAUGGAGGGAACACAGGGGAAUUCCUUCAAGUAUCAGGAUUUCAUGUAGAGUAUGAUAUGUCGAGGCCCCCUGGGGAGCGCGCUAGGAGUAUUAGUGUGCUCUGUACGGACUGCCGGGUGCCAGUCUAUGAGCCUCUGGACGACAGAAGGCUAUACAAGGUGGUCCUGCCCUCAUACAUGGUGGAAGGAGGAGACGGAUUCUCCAUGAUUAAAGAGGAGAACCUGAAACAUGACAGUGGUGACAUGGACAUAUCGGUGGUGGCCAGCUACUUUGCUGAGAGGAAGAAGGUGCACCCAGCUAUAGAGGGACGUAUCAAGAUUUCCAACUCAGCUUCAGGGGGGCCUGGUCACAUGGCUCUGUUAAUCAUGCUGGGGCUAGUGAUGGCUCUGUUUGGGAGACUGAGAGAUCCCUGGCUGCAAUCAUGAUGCAAAGCUCACCAUUGAAUAUGUUCUUCUCACCAACAGCAUUCAAGGGAGGAGCUCAACUCUAGUUAGUCUAUUGAGUACAAAUUGAACGGGGAUAUGGUGAAUGGAUAUUUCACCAAUGCUCUGAUUUUUCUUUCUAAAUACUGCAGUUUGAUAUGAAAUUCGCUAUUGAAACUUCAGGGAAAAUACUGUAAAUGUAUUAUCCUAUGGCUAAAACUAGAAAUGAUGCACUGGUAAGUCUCGUGUACAGUCGAUGCUGUCAAGCUCUUGGUCUGCGAUCCAGUUUCAGCAUAAACAUACAUUUGCUAUGUACUCUAACAGAUGGAAACAGAUGACCGGUGCUUGUUUAAGUGUGUGCCCCUGGCAGAGCCUGCUUAACCAGCAUUAGGACUGAAGCGUUACAGGUUUUGGGUCAUUUCCGAUUGAGCCGACAUAUGCAGUCUCCGCUAACGGGGGACAUUGCCUUUAAAUGUCAAUCACGCUGUAACACCGAAUGUCCAUUAUACGGAUAGAAUAGACUUUGUUUAUGAGAUAGGGUGUCCAAACACAGAGCUCCAGAAUAGUUUUGUCAAUAUUUUGAAGCUCUUUUAGACAUUAAAUAUAAUCUCUCAAGGUGGGAUAAACAAGUAGUGAUCAACCUUUUGUAAACAUUUAGAGAACUCUAUUUACAGGACAUACCCACUCAAAGUAACGAGGUAGCAGGAAACUGAUACACUUGGUAUUCUUGAUUCACACAGGAAACUGUUGAGUGAAAAACCCAGCAGCGUGGCAGUUCUUGACACAAACUGGUGCGCCCAGCACCCUAUUACCAUACCCCGUUCAAAGGCACUGAAAUAUUGUCUUGAUCAUUCAGAUUGAAGUGGAUUUAACAAGUGACAUCAAUAAGGGAUCCUAGCUUUCACCUGAUCAUGGAAAGAACAGGUGUUCUUAAUGUUUUGUACACCAAAGAGGGAAUGUUUUUCUCUGAGUUGUAAUUUCUAAAUAGCCUAUGAUAAAUUGUGACCUAACAUUUUAGAUUUGGUGUUGUGAUAUUGCAACAAGGUUGGUAAUAGUACAAUAUACUGAUAUGUACAUAAAGCCUGAAGGUUAUACAGGCAAAUGAACAAAUUGUUCUCCUUACUGUUUUUUGAACGUCUAGCAGCUAUUUCUGCAUAUACAAACUGGUCACCAACUGUAACAAUUCAACAGUAAAAAUACCAAUAAAUUGUCAUGACCAAAAAAAUAAAAGAGCUCAUCUUAAACUUGUUAAAAACCAAGAAAAACACAAACUAUGAAAUGCCGCCCAGGUGUAAUUCCAUUGAAUGUAGUAUUUCUCAAAGGAAAGAAUUACAUAACAUCCCUCACAGUUACUCUUUAACUUGUGAGAGUGGUGUAACCUUGAGCUUUGCUGCUCUCACUAUUCAUCAGAUCUCUGUCAGGGCCACGGGGUAGAGUAGUAUUCUGAGGACAAGGACCAUUCUGUCUCUGGAUUGCUCACAGAAACACAAGCUUUAUUAUUCACAGGGGCCUGCUAUUAGUCUCCACUGAUGGCUCUGACCCAGCUGGCUCUGACCAGUGGGAAUGUACAUGGUGUUGCCAAUUACCACAUCCACGGAACACUGCAUGGAAAGUAUCUCCUUUUCACAGUGGACUAAAACAUUAUCAGGGCAGAAAUGAGACUCCAAGGAGGGAAGGGAGAUGGAAAUCACAUUAGGUCAUAUGCAGGACACAACCUCAUUUUAGAAAACAGAAGCUGACAAACAAAUUGAAUAUGAGAAACAAAACAGGUCUUAGUGCUCAGCUUAUUGCUCCAACCUGCUUCUCAGCUGUAAAAUGACACAAAUGAGCCUACAGUUACCAUACAAAAUACAGAGACUGUUUAAAGACCAAUUGAAUCUGUCAUCUCACUUGGAGAAGGGAAGACAUCUAAAAUUGACACAUCUAACUAAAGAUGGACCAGUUUGCAGGCAGCAAGGCAUUAUUAUAUCCAAUAAGUAAAAUAUUUGACCACCCAGUAAAAUCUAUAAAUAUAUUUUUAUUAAUGCAUUAUUAUACAUUGGAAUGUUGAUAUAUGCUCACAGAGACAUUGGAAUGUUGAUAUAUGCUCACAGAGACAUUGGAAUGUUGAUAUAUGCUCACAGAGACAUUGGAAUGUUGAUAUAUGCUCACAGAGACAUUGGAAUUUGCUGUAUUGCACUUUGGCUCCAGGAAAAGGAAGCAAGCUGUUUUCUAAAUUAACUGGUUACUGUCUGCCGACUGCUCCCCUUGUCCCUUCUGAAGAGACAACAUACAGUAUCAGCAGGGAGGUACACAACCUACAUCCUGUUACCGUUCUACUUUCACUUAAUUUAUAAAUGUCUAAAAAGUUUGGAAAAGACAUCCGGUUGAUUACCCCCUAGUUGAAACACAAAGUGAGUGUUUACUUUCAGGGGCCCUAUGGCAGAGAGAUGCUUAAGUUAAAUACAAUAUACGGUGCCUUGCUAAAGUAUUCAGACCCCUUGGAUUUCAUUGUGUUACAAAGUGGGAUUAAAACAGAUAUAAUUAUAUUAUUUUUGUCAACAAUAUACACAAAAUACUCUGUCAAAAUGUAAGGAAAAUGUGAUUUUUUAUUAAUAAAAAAUAUAUAUAACUAACAGUUGUUGCAUAAGUAUUCAGACCCUUUGUUUAGGCAAGCCUAAAUUAGUUCAGGAGUAAAAUGUGGCUUAACAAAUAAAAUAAAAAGUUACAUCGACUCACUGUGAAAUUAUAGGGGUUGACAUGAUUUUUAAAUGACUAACCCUUCCUUUGUCCCACAUACAUACAACAUAUGUAAGGGCCCUCAGUCAAGUAUUGAAUUUCAAGCACAGAUUCAACUACAAAGACCAGGGAACUUUUUUGAAAGCCUCAUAAAAAGGGCCGUGAUUGGAAGAUGACAAUAAAACAUCUGGCAUUGAAUAUCUUUAAGCAUGGUCUAGUAGUUAAUAAUUAUGCUGUGAAUUAUACAGUAUAUUAAUAAACCACCAAGACACAGCAUGGACUAGUUCAGGGGUCGGCAACCCUGUUCCUGGAGUGCCGCACAUACUGCAGCAUUUUGUUCCAACUAUGCACCACACUUGAUCAACUAAGCUAAUUGAUCAGUUCAGUGAUUACCUAAAUUCAAAACACCUGGUCUUCCAGGUUGGUUAAAUCAAAUGCAUAAAGUGCCUGUGGCCCUCCAGGACCAGGGUUAUCCGUUCCUCCUCUGGUUAUGCUGUAUUAAACGAGCAAGCCACAUCAAAGAUGCAGUCAUCCUUCUGAACUGAGCUGCAGGAUAGGAAGGAAACUGCUCAGGGAUGUUACCAUUAGUGAUUUUAAAACAGAAAUGGAGUUCAUUGGCUGUGAUGGGAGAACCUGAGGAUGGAUCAUUGUAGUGACUCCACAAUAAUGACCUAAAUGACAGAGUGAAAAGAACACAAAUAUACAACAAAAAAAUACAUGCAUCUUGUAUGCAACAAGGCACUACAGUAAUACUGCAAAAAAAACAUGUAAUUGUCUUCUUAUUGUCCUGCAUGGUGGUGGCUGCAGCAUGGCAUGCGUAUCAGGAUAAAAAAAGAAGCACAGGCUAAAUCCUAAAGGAAAACCUGCUUCAGUCUGCUUUACACCAGACACUGGGAGAUGAAUUCACCUUUCAGCAGGACAAUAACAUACAGCACAAAGCCAAAUCUACACUGGAGUUGAUUACCAAGAAGACGGUGAAUGUGAAGUUACAGUUUUACGCCAAUCUGCUUGAAACACUAUGGCAACACUUGAAUUGCUGUGUAGCCAUGAUCCCCAACAUCUUGGCAGAGUAUGAAGAAAAUUUACAAGGAAAAAUAAAAUCUCUUAAGACACUUACCCAAGAAGACUUACAGCUGUUAUCGCUCCUGAAGAGUUUCUAACAUGUAUGGACUGAGGGAGCUGAAUACUUAUGAAAUUACUAUAUUUGAUUUAUUACAUUUUUAUUAAUAAAAAAAAGUUGUAUUUUUCAGACACUGACAGAGUACUGUGUAGAUUGUUGAAAAAAUAUAUAAUUAAAUCCAUUUUAAUCACACUUUGUAACGCAAUAAAAUGUGAAGAAAUCCAAGGGGUCUGAAUACUUUUGCAAGACACUAUCUAAAGCUGUGUUUGCUAACUUUACAUUUAUUUGUGUAAUACAAGCAAAUACACAGUAACGUCAUUAA